UUGCGCCCGUUCAUGCUCGCAUCCAAGGUUAUCUGUGACAACACUUACUCCAACAAAUCCUGGCCCAGGGUAUCCCAGGGUAUGUUCCAAUUGCGAGAAAUCAAUCAGGUGAGUCUACCUAAUUACUAUUCACCAUCCAGCAACUCAAAGCACGCUUCCCCUCUGCUUGAGGAUCUUCAGGUCACCGUCUUUUCAUAUCCGCCUUCAUGCUCACAUCCAAGGUUAUCUGUGACGACACUUCAUUGCAUUGAUAUUAUAAGUUUUACAUGUUGUAUCUACUGGUAUUCUAAGAUGACAUGGAAGCGCAAAACCUGA